GAAUCAGAGCUGAGGAAUAUUUCAUGCAUGCUUUCCCAAAUCAAGCAUGUCCUGUGCUUGUUCAUGUAUUUAUGCACAUGGCAGAAAUAAAACACUUUAUCAUAUGUAUGUUCAACACUUAGUUACAGAUUCUGAAAGGUGAAACUGGAAGACAGAAAGGAAUGACUCACUUCUUUUUUAAGUUUGAUGAAUACUUUCUACAGCAUUAGUCUUCUAUGAAGAGACAGUCACAGUAGUGCCAAAAAGUAGGCUUAAGUUUGUCAACAGUUUUUGCUGAUGAUUGAUUCAAUUUUUUUCUUUUCCUUUUCGCCUCUCAUUUGAAUCAUCCUCAUCAAACUUGCAAUGGACUGCAAUUCAAAUUCUGGGCAAAUCACAGGCUUAGUGGGUUUAGCCUUCUCAGCCUCCAUGGGAAUUCUCAUGAUUGUACUUGCAUGUGCAAUCCCUGGUUUUGGACAAGUAUGGUGGCCCAUGUUUGUCCUGGUGUUCUACAUCCUUUGUCCAGUCCCAAUGUUGAUCAGCAAGCGAUUAGCCACGUCAGACAACAUGGACGCUACUAGUAGUGCUCUGCAAGAGCUUUGUAUCUUCUUAACCUCCGGCAUAGUGCUGUCAGCGUAUGGCUUACCGAUGGUUCUAAUGCAUGUUGGAACGUUAACAUACCAAGCCCUUCUCCUUGUGCUGUUUGGAAACACGUGGAGCUUUAUCACAAUCCUCAUCUUCUUCAGAAUAUUCCGACAAGACGACGAUUUUGAGUUCCAGGCUUGGUGAAAUAGAUGGUUCACUAAUUAUAAGACAAGAAGUCAUUAAUAUAGAUCCAUGGGCAUUCGUUGACUGUAGGUAGGAAAGGAUUUUGUGUUCGGCGUCCCCAGGCCCCGAAGCUAAACCUGAAAAGCCAUAUACUGUAUUCUCUUUAACAACAUGAAAAACUGUGUGUGUAUGUUAACAUGAAGCAAGCUUUUAGUCUAUUCUAUGAUUUGGGGUACAAUUCUGCCCUCUGUUUAUAUCAUGAAAAAACUAUUUCUUAUUUCCAAACAGAUUGGCAUAAAUAGGAAAUGUACAAAGUACAAACAUGUUAUAUAUUAUGAUGCAAGUAUAAAGCCAAGAGUAGAAAACAGCCUGGAUUAGUGGAAUUAAUGAGGAAGGACUAAACAAAAAUUAAAAAUAAGGUGUAAAGGCACAAUAUUUGAUGUAAAUUUCGUCAACUUACAUUUCGCAGAUUGGAUGGAAAUUCUUCGGAAGUCACCAAUAUUUUGAUAAUUUGUAAUAUCAUUGUAUGACAUACCUCAUUUAGGGUUAACUUGCCAGAGAAUACUAAUCUCAUUGGAGUUGAUAUGAAGUAUAAUGUGCCAAAUGUCAACUCAUUAGGACUCAAGCAUGUUUAGGAAGAGCUUUAGUAUGAUCAAUGCUUUUUCGUAUUGAAGGCAUUUACAUGUAUCUAAAAUACAAAACGGAUCAUUUACAUAUAUAACCACCAGCAUACUAAGACUAUUAUUCUACUCUUCAGAGCACUUGUUCAAUGUCAAAUUAUGCACUAAAUACUAACAAAUGUGUGUAUAUUGCAUUUUUUACUUUCAAGAAUUAAAAUUGGUUUUAUUUCAUUCUUGCAGCUUUAAAGGCUGAACUAUUUUGUUUCUAUCAAUCAAAUUUGAUUAUUCAUAUUUGGGUGGACUCUUAGCAUGGCUUCUAUUUUUGUGUAUUGAAUAAUCUUUACAAAUUCUGUUGUUGUGUACCGUAGUCUGUAAAGCAAACUCAAUCAGUCUGCAUACCAGAUUAUGCUGUACGUUUACAAACCCAAGGCUAUGUUACGAUACAAUACAGUUGACUUUGUAAGGUAUUUAAAACAAAAUUAACCUUUUGGUAGAAAUCAUUGAUUUCUCCAAUCUAUGGCAUAUAUCUUCACUCUUUGCACAUGAUUGGCAUUUGUAUUUCACCUAACCCAGCAGAUCAAGAUUCUAGACUGAUUCCUUUCUUAGUAUCAAGUUAUGAAAUGUUGACAAUAACCAAUCAAUUACAGGUUUUACGCUACAAGUCCUUUUGCAUGGGAUAUCUUUUUCCAAAUGGUAUUUUUCCAAUAUCUAAAAUAUUGAUUGUUGACAAACAGGAUGCCUUAACUAUAAAAAAAAAUUGAGAAAGUGAUGUCUGCAUUCUACCAAAUCUUUUGAGAUGUGAUGUGAAAGUUUGCAUCUUCCUUUACAGGCAAUAGGAAGCUGGAUUUAGUUAAGACUUUAUGGUAUUCAGAAUCUGUGGGUUUAUUGAUUAUAUCUGUACCUUAAUCUCAAAUUAGAAAAAAAUGUGAGUUACGUCCUGUUUUGACAUCAAUCAAUAAUGAAUACAGUGGUGGUGAACCACUUUCCAAGGGCACAUAUACGUAUACUGCAAAGUGUAACAACUCAACUUUACUGUUAAAACAGUUUUAUGUUAUUUCAUUUUAAAAAUAAUUUUAGAAGGAUUAGCAUUGUCUGCUGCCACAACUUUUAGAUAUGAACUGUGUUAAAUUGUUGAUUAGCUGUUAAUUUCAAAUUGGCAUGGCAUGUUAUUUAUGCAUUAUUGUACAGAGUGUAUAUUCAUAUAUUAAAGUGUAAAUUGUUUUCAUAAUUUUCAUAGUGACCCUAUAAUCAGGGAGUUAUGAUACAGGAUUAGAGAAGAAGACAAACAUGCUGAUAAGUUAUAUAUGUAUUUAUAAAGUAAACUAAAUAUUGCAAUCUCGUUACUUUCUUAUGAUUUUUCUGUUGAAUAAAGAUGUAUAUUUGUCACUGAAAUCUUAUAUAGAUCUGAGGCAAGAAAGGUUGAAUUAUAAUUUUCAAAAUUGAGUGUUGCACAGAGAGUGCAGAUUUCAUACACUGAAUACAUUAUAUAUAUUGUGAAUGACUCAAAUUAUGAAUGCCCACAUUUGUCACAGGGUGCACACAUUUGUAACACAGUGUAAACAAAAACCAUUCUCAUUGUUUAGAGGUAACAGCUCCACUGAGCUUACUAUUUGCAUGGACCUACUACUAUUUGUUAACAUUAGCAUUGUAAUUCAUAUUCUGGAUAUAUCAACUUUGCUAAAGAAAAUAAUCAAGAAUUCCAGAUUUUCAUAAAUUCCUGAAUGUACACUCCCUCCCAGCUGCUUAUAAUUGCCCAGAAACUUAUCAGACAAAAUGUACUUGUAUUCAUUAUGGAUGUACAUGUACAUGUAGUUCAACUGGUUUCUGUACUUAUUCUGAAUCCUUCUGAUUAAUGGAAGCAUUUACCAUAAUUUCUUUCAUGUGAGGUGAGGUGAAUGGGUACCUGGCAGGAAUUUACUCCUUGAAAUGCGUGUGCGCUGUAAUCUUAGUAAUUACGGCUGCCAAGCUACAGCUGGGGUAAUAAUUUCCAAGUCCUUUGGAAGCGCAUAGAGACAUUAUUCAUAAUCGUGAUAUGCGCUAUACAAGAACUGUUUAUUAUUAUUAUUAUUAUUAGUAUGUCAUGUUCAUACUUGUUAAUAUGAAAUGAUAAAACUGGGUAAUUGAAUAACCCAGACAAGCAGUAAUAUAAAAUUCUAUGUCUUACUGACACUUAAUAUUUAUUCCCUGUGUCUUGAAAUUGAAUGGGAAGAAAGACCAGUGGUGGUUGCCUAAUACUAUGAUAUGUUAUACUAUUAAAAAGGCUUGUAUUAAUCUAGGGAAUAAUCAUACUACUCUCUUACUAGACUACCUGCCCUUUAUCAUAUCUAUUACUCAAGAAAUCGAUACUGAGUAAUACUCAGUUUUAUUCCUAAUUUUGGAAUAUAGGUAAUGUUAUUGCUUUUCAGAUGCAAAUUUCUUGUAAUGUACAUGCAUGGUAUUUUGUUGGAACAUGGCAGUAUUUCAACUUAAUGUUUAAGUUGAAGCAUAGUCCUAGCCCCAUUUUACAUACAUGUACAAGCAGUAAAAUUAUUGCCAAAAAGGUAGAAAUGCAUGUUUUUCACUUUAAUAGCAGUUUUAUCAAGAUUUUAUUUUCAUCAGUAAAAUAUUAAACAUAAGGUAAAAACAAGUUUUUGAAACUCUUGUCUACCAAUGGUCUGAGCGUUUAUGAGUUAAAAUCUUUUGAAAUACCAAACUUGUGUUUAGGAAUACCUCAAAAGGAACAUUGUUAUAUUUAAAGCUACAUAUAAAUUUUUUGAUUUCUUAUUAAUAUAAAAAGUGAGUGAUAUUUUUUGUUAAAAACCUUUUCAUUUGUAUAUGACCUACCUAAAAUAUGUAUACAUAUGUAACAUUUAUAUAUGUAACAUUGCAAUUUUUUAGGUUGACAUGAACAAAUUAUGGAUUUGAUUGAAUUGUUUUAUUUAUUUUUUGGAAAUUCAAUACCCAGUAUUGUGCACUUGUAAAUAGUUUAAUAUCAUCUACAACUUUGUAUAGAAUAAGAAAUGAUAACUGUAAAAACAGAUUAUUGAUGUCAAGUAUGAUUCAUGUAUGUUUCAUGUUUGUGGUUCUGUGUCAGAUAGGUGUUGAUUAAAUUUGUGGUAGAUUUAUAUAACAA